AAAAACCCCUCCCUGUGACCCGCUGGCUGGAGAAGGGCGUCGCAAGCGCGCCAUGAUCGGCUUAGCCGGAGCCACUGACCCGCUGCAGCCUCGUCUCUCUUUCCCCCUAAGUGGGUGGCAGGCCGGGCGGGCAGGGUGCUGCAUGGGCGCGCGGGGAGGAGAGUCUGGCCGAGCCACCCGAAAGGCGUGCUGGUGCUGGGGAUCCCCACUGCAAUGCGGUCCUCUCUCCACCCAUCCUAUCUCUUCCUCUCCCUCCGCCUGACACCAGCCGUGGCCCGGAGCCAAAAAGAGAGAGGAAGAUAGCCUGGCGCUGAUCUAGUGACGUAAGGGAGGCAAUAACUCGGGAUCUUUCUUCCUCCCCUCCCCUUCCUCCCUCCCUCUUCCCGAUCGGCGGCCUGCACGCCUCUGAGCGCGUGCAGAGCGCCCAUUUUCGCUUUUGUGGCGUGUGUCACCACGUGUUGGCGCUGCGCGCGGAGAGGCUCCUCGCGCCUGCCUGCGGUUUCGGGUUUCACUUCCCUCCUUUAAAGGCUGCGCCGCGCGCCCAGGCGCGCACACACACUCACACACCCGCGUGCCUCUGUCGCAGCAGCGUCUGGUCUCGCCCUCUCCCCUCCCCUGCCAAGAAGAGCCAAGCGGAUCGCAUCCUCUCCUCGCCCGGGAGGAACUUCAGGCAAUCCUCGGCACUGCGCAGGGAAGAUGCGGACCUCUCUGCCUCUGCUGGCGGCCGUGGCGCUGGCCUUGGCCGGCUGGGCGCAGGGCGAGGUGUUGGCCACCAAGGGAGGCGAAGAAGCCGCGAGCUUCGGAGACUGCGACGGCUUCUUCUACCAGCGGACACCCCCCGAGGGGCUCCCGGGGCAGCCCGGGGACCAGCACGUGAAGAUCUGCCAGAAAUACAACCAAGAGCCGCGCUUCGCCACCCUCUACAGCACGCGGGACAGGAUCCCCCUUUACGCGGCUUUUCUGUACACCGGAGGCGGCCAGAGCGGGGAAGAGAGAUGGCUGGUGGAGCCGCAGAUUGAUGAUCCCAAAAAUGGCCUGGAAGGAAUGAUGCCGGAAGUUGAGGUCACAGGUUCAGUGGACAACUUGGGGUCUAAGCAGGCCCUCACAGCAGACUACGUGGACUCUGGCUACGAGAGGGGGCAACUAAACCCUAGUUCUCUUCAUAAUGGCGACCACGAGAUAGCCACCUACACACUGACCAAUGCGGUGCCAUUGACCCCACCUCUCCAUGAGAUAUGGCACUGGGAGAUUGAGAGCCUGGUAGGCGAGGCCUUGGCUCCACACUGUGACAAUGGGAAGGGUCUCUAUCUUGUUUCUGGAGCAAUUCCUUCCACCCUCAAAGUGAAGGACAAAGUCUCUGUCCCCGAGUCUCUCUGGCUGGCCGCCUGCUGCGAUGAUGGCUCCAAGACCUGGUCUUUGGGAUUUAUUAAGCAGGCAACUGCUGAGAAUCGCCUGGAAGACCUCACUGUGGAAGCCCUUGAGAAGACGCUCCACGCAGGAGCUCAACUGUUUAAGAACCACUGCGGCCAAGACAGACAUGACCCCAAGAAACUGGAGGAGGUCCACCAUGCCGUGAAACACGUCCGAGCUAAGGAACCGGUGCCACAAGCGAAGAAGUCCACCACAGGCCAGCACACCGGCACACAGCCAAAGGAGGAGAGUGGCUUUCUGAAGAAGUUGUUUUAUUUCAUCGUUACACCUAUCUUCAAACUGCUGAAAUUGGUUGUCUACCUGGUUGGCCAUAUUGUGAAAUACACCUUCUCUCUCCUGUGGCGCCUCAUCCAGACGAUUGUCGGAGGGGUGUUCACCUUCAUCAAAGGAAUUGCCACAGCGCUGCUGAAUGUCUUUGUUGACGUGGCUCGUGUGGCUGUCAACAUCCUGAACGGCAUUGCCAAAAACAUAUACAGCGUCCUGAUGGUUACAUACAAGAUUCUCAGCAUCCCUGUGAACGUGAUACUAGACAUCGUGUCCUUCCCUUUCUACACCCUGGGUGCCAUCCCUACAGUCCUCCGAGAUAUCGCCUCAGGUAUCGGUGGAUUAUUCUUACUGGCAAUUGAUGCCACGACAAGCAUUGUGACGGGCCUAAAUUACAUCGUUUCGCAUUUAGCCAAAAGGUUCCUUCCUAAGAUUUACGAUGCCUGAAAAGCGGUGUGAGAAAGCGAAUGGCUAUGAAGAACUCUGGGGAAAGAAAUCCAAAGCAAUACUUUCCGAUAUGUUGCUAAUCUCCUGCUGUUCCUAUAAAGUAUUUAUUUGUGAUGACAUUAACAGUAAUGAACCGAUGUUCUGGUAACAUGGGUGAGCUUCAUGCCCCCUUCUGCUCUCGAAGGGGCAUUUUAUGGCAAAAUUAAAUGUUCACUUAUUGUAAAAUGUUGCACUUUGGGUGGCUAGUUGACCUUUCCGUCUCAUGUCAAGUCUUUUGAGAACCAGGAAAAGUUCUGAACAGGAGAGAAACCUUCAUCCUCUCUACUAGAAUAUAUGAAAAUGGUGGAUAAAGAAUCCUCUGCAGUGACUGAACCUGCCAAAAUACUUCUCUUUGUAGUAAGUUUGCAGCAUAAACAGAGAACCUUACUGGGGGGAAAGGGUUUUUAGAGAUUUUGAAGAAAUCAUUUUCCCAAGUCAAGAAUUAUCCAUGGAGAGGAAAGUCGCUUUCCAAAUUUCCCUUCUUGGUUUAGGCUUUAACUCAGUGAUAAGAGAGCAUCCUUGGAAUGUCGAGGGUCCCACAUUCAAUCUUUGACAUUUUCAGUUAAAAUAGAGAACUGGGCUGGAAAAGACCCCUAUCUGAGACUCCAGUUGAGCCCCUGUCAAGCAAAGGAUACAGCAUUUGGCUGGCCAGUUCUCUGAUUCGUUGUAAGAAUUAUUUUUGCACUUUUUUGCACUACUUCCUCCCCCCCCCCACUCCUCGGGCUAA